AUGAAGACAGAAAACAGUGACUGUCCAUUAAUGAGCUCUUCCAAUGACUCAACAGUAAAAAUUGAGCUAUGUAGCAUGGACACUGUUAAAGAAGUAGAACAGUUGAAAGCUGUUGGUGAAAAAUGCGAUGUGCAAAUUGACAUAGAAACUCUGGAAUCUAAAGAAAGCGGCAAUUCCAAAUAUACAAGAGUGGAAGAGUUUGUGUCUUCACAUAUUAGAAAGGUUGUGAUGAUUAUAGCUGUAGUCAUCUAUUUAAUAUAUUUUAUAACAGCUCUGGUGUUUGGAGCCACCCGUGAAUGCGUGAACACAACUCCACUUAUAGUUCUGACAUGUUUAAUACUGGCAUACUUCCUCUUUGGAUUUAUUAUGAGGCAUUUUGGAGAAAAUAUGAAAGAAAAGGGUCUUGAUCCAUGUGUAAAAUUUCUAAACAAUAAACAACGGAUAUUAAAAGGAUUAUUUGUGUUUCUUGCACUGGGAGGAAUAUUGGUUGUGAUAAUUGCUACAGGCGUUUACCAGCCCAGAAACCUCAUCUCUGUUGUUGGCUAUCUCUUCUUUGUCUUAAUCCUGUUUUUAUUCUCAGAACAUCGUAAACAGUUGGUUUGUUCCUAUCUGUUCAAGCCAGUAGCCUUUUUAAUGGGAGUGGAAUGGAAUGAUGCUGGCUCCGUAGGAGAACUGAUUGGAAUCAAGACAUUCUUAAAUGAGUUUGUUGCUUACGAGAAGUUGGCAGAGUUCAUCAAAAACAGGGAAGAUUGCUUGGAUGGCGUUUCAUUAUCUAUCAAAUCUGAAGUGAUAUCAACGUAUGCUUUAUGUGGGUUUGCUAAUCUCAGUUCAAUUGGUAUACAGCUUGGUGGACUGACACCCAUGGCACCUAAUAGAGCUAGUGAUUUAGCCAGUGUGGUUAUUAAAGCUUUAUUUGGAGGUAUUAUUGCCUGUUUAAUGACUGCCUCCAUUGCCGGUAAGUAUACAAAAUAUUCGUCAGUAUAA